AUGGCUUCUCCGUCCCCUCAAGGGCGCAGCUUCACCGUUCGCGGUGUGGCUGCCGGCCUUGCUGUUGGUACCAUCAUAUGCGCCGCCAACAUGUACUUUGGCCUGCAGACAGGCUGGGUCUCCAUCAUGUCGAUGCCGUCAAGUCUCAUGGGAUUUGCCGUCUUCAAGCUGCUCAAGCCUCACUUGCGCUUCCCGUUCAGUCCGGUGGAAAAUGUGCUGGUUCAGAGCGUUGCCGGCGGCAUGGCCAUCAUGCCUCUUGGGUGUGGCUUUGUCGGAGUUAUUCCCGCGAUGAACUACUUGCUGGAGCCUAAUGAGCAAGGACCCUUAUCACUGAGCACUUGGCAGCUCAUCAUCUGGUCCCUGGGUCUUUGCUAUUUUGGCGUCGUCUUUGCCGUCCCCUUGCGCCAUCAAGUCAUCAUUAGAGAACGACUUAGAUUCCCCAGCGGCUUCAGCACUGCAGUGCUCAUCCGCGUUCUCCACAGUCGAGGGCAGAAGUCUUCUCCUCAAGAGCUAGAUGCCGCCACUAAAGGCGGAUUCGCCAGUCUUGCAGCAGCCAAAGAUGAUGAACCCGCGUUGGUAGAAGACGUCGGCGCCUCCGCUGAAGAGGAAGAGGGAGAACCAGAAGUCUCAAAGGACUUGGACUGGGCGUACAAUAUGAGGCUUUUGCUCCUCAGUUUCCUUGUCUCCGGCAUCUUCACAAUUUGCAACUAUUUCUUGCCUAUUUUGCGAGACCUCCCAGUCUUCGGCACUGUCGCCGCCUCUACUUGGCUUUGGACCUUGAACCCAAGCCUUGCGUAUGUGGGACAAGGCAUCAUCAUGGGGACCGAGACGACGCUCCACAUGACGCUCGGCGCAAUUAUUGGCUGGGGCGUUCUUAGCCCGCUGGCCAAGAUGAAGGGCUGGGCUCCCGGUCCGGUGGAUGAUUGGGAAAACGGCAGCAAAGGCUGGAUUGUCUGGGUGUCGUUGGCUAUUAUGCUUGUUGACGCUGUUGUCAGUCUAACCUAUAUUGCUCUUCGCCCCGUUUUCACCACCCAUACCCUUCCAGCUCUAGCAGUAUUACAGCGUCGCUUUCGACAGAGCAGGAUUGCCUCUUUGUUUAGAACAUCUCAUCAAUAUUCUCAAAUUCCCAGUGAAGCGCGAGAGGAAGAAGAACAAGAUGAAGAUGAAGAUGACGAUGACCAAGCUUCUCCCGCCCAGGCAGAGGAUCGUGGACUGGACGAUGCCCCGACUGACCAACAGAUUGACAGCAAAGUUGUUUUCUGGGGGCUUCUCGCAUCUAUACUGAUUUGCGUUCUGUCUACACAAAUCGUGUUUGGCCAUCUGGUGCCCCUUUACGCGAUUGUCAUUGCUGUGCUCAUGGCCCUGGUUUUGAGUAUCAUGGGCGUCAGGGCCCUUGGAGAGACUGAUCUUAAUCCAGUGUCCGGCAUUAGCAAGCUUGCACAGCUAUUCUUUGCUCUAAUCAUCCCGCAGUCUAACAAAUCGAGCGUUCUUAUCAAUCUAGUCGCCGGUGCCAUCUCGGAAGCUGGCGCAUUGCAAGCGGGUGACCUGAUGCAAGAUUUGAAGACUGGCCAUCUUCUUGGAGCUGCUCCCAAAGCACAAUUCUGGGGACAACUCAUAGGCGCUACAUUUGGUGCUGUGUUUUCUGCUUUCGCAUAUCGCAUUUACACAGCGGUGUACGAGAUUCCCGGCAAACUUUUCCAGGUUCCAACAGCCUACGUCUGGAUAUUCACUGCUAGGCUCGUAACAGGGCAGGGCUUGCCAUAUAUGGCCAAGGAAUGGGCAACCGGCGCCGGAGUUCUCUUCGCCGUGACCACUCUUGCGCGAACUCUGUCUGUUGGGAGACCAUGGCGCUCUUGGAUACCGGGCGGCAUUGCUGUAGCAGUCGGCAUGUACAACGUGCCAUCGUUUACGCUGGCCCGAGCCAUUGGAGGUAUUGUUAGCUGGUAUUGGCUCAGCGUACGAAAACAGUCGACCACGCCAUUAAUCAUCAUUGCAUCGGGCUUUAUCCUGGGAGAAGGAUUUCUGAGCAUUGUUAAUCUAUGGCUACAAGCGCUGAAAGUACCUCACUACUAG